AAACAAUCCAAAACACGUCCAAUAGUUUCUCGUCAAACAAACUCACGCGAUGGCCAGUCACAAGGACAAAGCUAAUAACAAGCCUGCUCGCAAAAUGGGAAAGAAGACAGAGAAACGGAAAUACUCUGGCAAUGGUAAACAGACCAAUGACAGAGUCAUAAUCGCAAUGCUGGAGCGACAAAUCAAGAAGGCUCAGAAGCUUGAGAAGGAAAACGCCGCAAUGCUAGAGCGACAAAUCAAGAAGGCUCAGAAGCUUGAGAAGAAAAACGCCGCAAUGCUCAGAGUGGUUCGCAAGCACUACAAAAUGAAGAAGAAGAAGGAGCGUGCUGCCUCACAAGCCGUCAAGAAACUGUAUCGCGACCACUGCCCCGAUAUCCUUCAAAGAAACCAGCAGGAGCUGACCGCUUCGCCCGAGCUUGUCAUGAAUACAACAGAUCUCAUCUCAGAAGCAACUGGACCCGCUCCAGAGGAGAGUUUUUCCUCUGAGACGCAGUCUCUACAGAGCGGACCAGACGACUCAGCGACGGUCUCUGAGGAAGAUCAUAAGGGCGGCAGUGAGGCUCUAGCCAGGGAUGACGCAUACGAUGACAACGAGGAAGACGACACCUCUAGCCUAAGGGACGACAGGUUGAAGUAUUACGCCUUCAAUACUCCUUGCAGUGACGCUGUCCUGAGUCGCGUAGCAACUGCACUCGUCAAAGAGCACAAGCUUACAGAAAGGCCAUCAAACGCCCUACUGUCUGAGAUUCGCAGCUUCGGUCAGACCCUCGAAAAGCAACACCCCAACAGAGUGUUCUGGGCUCCUUCCUACCUCGCCUUCAGAAAACUACACACCCUCAACACCGCUCGUACCGAAGAAAGGAGACCCACGACUUUCAAAUAUACAGGUCUCGCGAGUAUAGUCGAGCACGCCCGCAAGUCGGCCGAUGACUUCAUGGUCGUACUCAAAGACUACGAGAAGAACCAUAUGAAGGACGGCCAAGAGAAGAAAAGCAGCGCUUGA